CUACUACUGAUGUGUAGCACAAAUACAUGGUUAAAAACACCCUGUGUGUUCGUGCUUCUGCGAAGAGACGAGCGCGAUUUGAGUUGCAAACUGUCAGGGAUGCGUGCUUUUCUGCUUCAGUAUAAUCCAGGGCACACGUGAUGCGCAAAUCACUUUUGUAGCAACAUCUCUCAUUUGUCGGAGGAAAAUCCGUGCGUGUUUCUUAUGCUUUAAGCCGAAGCUUAACAUAUUUGAGGGUUUUUCGUUUUUCUUUUUUUUUUCAGUAAUUCACACAUCGCUUUACCAGCAUCAUCAUUUACGCACCAUGCCAACUUUUGCUCGCGUUGCGUUCGUCUCAUAGUGGAGAGAAUUUGAAACUGUGGACGCCUGAAUGAAUGAAUGGGGAUCGUGCUUUGUGAAGAUUUCAACUGUCAACCUUUUGCCAAUUGUAUGUGCUUGUCCAGACAAGUGAGUGUUUAUCGUCCCCAUUCGUAUAUCCGUUUUGAGCCAAGAACAAACAGACAACAGAGAACGCGUCAUAUUAUUCCGCCAAUGUCGAAGAAACGCAAAACUCCAGACGACGGCGGCGGCGAGGAUUCCCUUCAAGAAGGUCUGACGGAUGAGAAAGUGAAGGCUUAUCUCUCCCUCAACCCGCAGAUGCUGGAUGAGUUUGUGCUGGAGAGUGUGAGUGCAGAGACCGUAGACAGAUGGCUGAAACGGAAGAACAGCAGCCAGCCUGCAGAUGAGUCUUCAGCGAAAGAAGUUAGCAGGCAGUACCAGGACACAAAUAUGCAGAGCGUCGUAUAUGAGCUCAACAGCUACAUGGAGCAGCGUCUGGACACUGGAGGAGACAACAAACUACUGCUCUAUGAGUUGUGCAACAUCAUUAAAACAGCCACAAAAGCUGAUGGAUUUGCACUUUACUUCCUUGGAGAAUGCAACAAUAGUUUAUGUUUGUUCACUCCAACGGGGGCAAAAGAGGGGCUUCCUGGGCUCAUCCCCUCUGGUCCCAUCACAUUUGGGACCACCAUCGCCGCUCACGUUGCAAAGACACGCAAGACACUACUUGUAGAGGACAUCAUGGGGGACGAGAGGUUCCCUCAUGGCACAGGGCAGGACUCAGGGAUUCGUGUACAUUCUGUUUUGUGUCUACCCAUCCUCACUGCCAUCGGAGACCUCAUCGCUAUCCUGGAGCUGCACCGGCACUUGGGCAGAGAGCCCUUCAACCUCAGCCACCAGGAGGUUGCAACAGCAAAUUUGGCCUGGGCAUCUGUAGCCAUACACCAAGUCCAGGUCUGCAGAGGUCUUGCCAAACAGACUGAACUCAACGACUUUCUCCUAGAUGUGUCCAAAACAUACUUUGACAACAUAGUGGCAAUAGAUUCUCUACUUGAACAUAUCAUGAUAUAUGCAAAAAACCUGGUCAAUGCAGACAGAUGUGCGCUCUUCCAGGUAGAUCACAAUAACAAAGAGCUGUACUCUGACCUGUUUGAUAUCGGGGAGGAGAAUGAAGGGAAACCUGUCUUUAGGAAAACCAAAGAAAUUAGGUUUUCUAUAGAGAAAGGUAUAGCAGGUCAGGUGGCAAGAACAGGAGAAGUUUUAAAUAUACCUGAUGCCUAUGCAGACCCCCGUUUCAACAGAGAAGUAGAUCUCUACACUGGCUACACGACGCGGAAUAUCCUGUGCAUGCCCAUAGUCAGCCGCGGGACUGUGAUUGGUGUUGUACAAAUGGUGAACAAGCUGGGAGGAAGUGCCUUCACUAAAACUGAUGAAAACAACUUUAAGAUGUUUGCCGUCUUCUGUGCUUUGGCCUUACACUGUGCAAAUAUGUAUCACCGGAUAAGACAUUCAGAGUGCAUUUACCGGGUGACGAUGGAGAAGCUUUCGUACCACAGCAUCUGCACAUCAGAGGAGUGGAAGACCCUCACACAGCUCUCCCUCCCUUCAGCCAUAUAUAAAGAGAUCGAACUGUUUCACUUUGACAUUGCUCCUUUUGAGGAACUGUGGCCAGCAAUAGUUGUAUACAUGGUUCACAAUUCAUGUGGAAAGACCAGCUUUGAGCAGGAGAAACUGUGUCGCUUCACUAUGUCAGUGCGGAAAAAUUACAGACGAGUUCCAUAUCACAACUGGAAACAUGCUGUGACAGUGGCACACUGCAUGUAUGCCAUCCUUCAAAAGACCACUGGGAUCUUCACUGAGCUUGAGAGGAAAGGCUUGCUGAUUGCCUGCUUAUGUCAUGACCUGGACCACCGCGGCUACAGUAACAGUUAUCUACAGAAGUUUGAUCAUCCGUUGGCUGCCCUGUAUUCCACAUCUACCAUGGAACAGCAUCACUUUUCACAGACGGUGUCCAUCCUGCAGCUGGAAGGGCACAAUAUUUUCUCCAACCUGACUUCCAGUGAGUAUGAGCAGGUGCUGGAGAUCAUCAGGAAGGCCAUCAUCGCCACAGACCUCGCCUUGUACUUUGGCAACCGCAAGCAGCUGGCCGAACUGCUGGCCACAGGGGCGCUGGACCUGAACAACCGAGCUCACAGGGACCGCGUGAUCGGUCUGAUGAUGACGGCCUGUGAUCUCUGCUCUGUGACCAAACUGUGGCCCGUCACAAGACUCACAGCCAAUGACAUUUAUGCAGAGUUCUGGACUGAGGGGGAUGAAAUGAAGAAGAUUGGAAUGCAGCCCAUUCCUAUGAUGGACAGAGAUAAAAAGGAUGAGGUUCCCCAGGGACAG